AUGAAUAAAUUUAUUCGUAAAAACUCAUUAAAUACAUAAAUCAUCAAGGAACAAGAAAGCAAAAAACUUAAAUAAUAUAUUCUUCAAAUGGAAUAAGAUCCAUCAAUUUAUUAAACUUUAACAUAAGAUUAAAUUUUUGGUAUUAUAUGCAUUAUACUUACUAAAUCCUCUUAUCAUAGAACUUAAUCAGAAAUUGAAAUACUGAAAAAGGCCACAAGUCAUAUAGAAUAUUUCUAAAAACUCAUGGAAAAAGAUUAAGGUCUUUUAUUAUGGGAACGAUGUCUCAGAAAAAUGAGUUAUACAUAUCUUUCUUAUGGAUAAACAUUAUUUCGAGAAGGUAUUUACUAAUUUAAUUUUUUAAGGUGAUAUUGGUACAACCUUUUAUAUAAUAUUAUAAGGAAGAGUAUCAAUUCACAAACGAUUAUUAGUAUAAGAGGAAUUUGAUGAUAGAGAAUUAAUUUAAUUAUCAGAUGGAUAAUGUUUUGGAGAAUUAGCACUUGAUAAUAAUGAACCUCGUUCAGCAUCAGUUAAAGCUAUUCUACCUACACAUUUAGCUGUUUUAGAAGCUGAAGAUUAUAUGGUUAUUAAUAAAACUGUGGUAAUCCCAUAUUUAUUCAAAAUCAGAUUAACCAACAAAGAUAAAUUUAUUUUGAAGAGUUUGCCAAAUUGAACAUCUUUAAAGAUUGGAAAUUUAUUAGUAUUAAAUCCUUAUUUGAUGUAAUUAAAUUAAAUAAAUAUGGAUUUAAUCAUAUUAUAUACAAAGAAGGUGAUCCUUCAAAUGAAGUUUAUUUUAUCUAAAAUGGAUAAUUUAAAGUUAUAAAUAUUUUUUAUAUUAUUUAGGUUAUUAAAACAUUAAGAAUUACAUAAUUAAAUGAGGAAAAUAACUCUUAAGACGACUUAUAAAAAUUAAAGGAUCGUUUUGCAUAUACUAAACCUAUUUUAUCUAAUUCAGAUAAAAUUGAAAUGCUAUAUCAAAAAAAGAAAUAUGGAAAUCUUGUAACAGCAGAUAAAAAGUCUAUUAUGACAUUAAAAUUUGUAGGUGCUGGUGAAAUGUUUGGAGAAUUAGAAAUAUUAAAAGAAUUUGAUUUAUCUAGAUAAUUUAGUUAUAUAUCCACUUUUGAAUCUAAUACUGUUUAUUCUGUCUCCAAAAAAGAUUUCUUAAGAAUUUUAUAGAAUGAUUCACUAUUAUAUUCAAGUUUAAAUUCUUUAAAUGAUGAUAAACUUAAAUAAGCUCUAUUAUAAAUUUAUGCUUAUGAAAAGAAUUUUAUUGAUCAAACUGAAAAAUAAAUUAUUCUUCAAAGAACAUAAAUUAAAGAAUAACUUAAUCCAAAAUUACUAACUGAUGAAGAUCUAAAAUCUUACGUUUUAGUACGAAAUAAAACUAAUAUAUCUAAAGUUAGUAGCAAAUAAAAGUAAAUUGAAAAAAAAAUAAGAGAACUUACCUUAACACUUGAAUCUCCUAGAACUGAUAUGAAUUAUAGUACAUUACUUACGUAAUUAUAUACAUCUCAAAAAUCAUAGAAGAUAAAAGACUGAAUAAUAAAUUGUUUUAGUUUCAAAGAAAAGCCCCAAAAAUACUAAGAAAUCUCUAGAGAAAAGACCAAAAACAGAAAUGUUAACACAUGAUUCACCUAAGUAAAAUAUCUAUAUAUGUAAUGUGCUAUCAAAAUUAUUUUCAUCUUAGCCUACUUUAAGAAGUAAAUUAAAUUCAGAAGAUGACAAUAAUUUCAGAUCUUAAUAAAAAUUCUAUUUAAAAGAUAUUAAAAGAAACAGUGAACAUUGUUAAGAUACCCAUAGUUUUAGAUAUUUAUUAAAAAAAUAAAUAACCGAAAGUACAUUAACCUAAAGAAUACAUUCAACUACUUCCAGAUAACAAACUAGUCCUAUUUCAUCUAAAUUUAAUUAAAUUGAUAAAAUUAAUUCUUUAAAAUCACAUCUACCAUUUGUUUUACAAAAUAAAUAUUUUGGAUUAAUACCUAAAGAAUAAUGA